AUGGAGGCCGGCGGCCCCGGGACCUGCGGAGGAGGGGCUGAGACACGGGGCUCGGAGGGGCGGCUGGCACCUGAGUCGAGGGUACACUUCCGAGUGACAAGGUUCAUCAUGGAGGCAGGUGUCAAGCUAGGGAUGCGGUCCAUCCCCAUCGCCACUGCCUGUACCAUUUACCAUAAGUUCUUCUGUGAGAUCAACCUGGAUGCCUACGACCCCUACUUGGUGGCCAUGUCUUCUCUCUACUUGGCCGGCAAAGUGGAGGAACAGCACCUGCGCACACGUGACAUCAUCAACGUUUCCAACAGAUACUUCCACCCGGGCAGUGACCCCUUGGAGCUGGACUCGCGCUUCUGGGAGAUCCGGGACAGCAUCGUACAGUGUGAACUGCUUGUGCUGCGGGUCCUGCGUUUCCAGGUCUCCUUCCAGCACCCGCACAAGUACCUGCUCCACUACCUGGUCUCGCUCAAGAACUGGCUGAACCGUUACAGCUGGCAGCGGACCCCCGUCUCUGUCACUGCCUGGGCCUUGCUACAGGACAGCUACCACGGGGGGCUAUGCCUCCGCUUCCGGGCUCAGCACAUAGCUGUGGCAGUAAUCCACCUGGCCCUGCAAGCCUAUGGGGUUGAAGUGCCUGCUGAGGCCGAGGCCGAGAAGCCAUGGUGGCAGGUGUUUAGUGAAGACCUUACCAAGCCAACCAUUGAUAACAUUGUGUCUGAUCUCAUUCAGAUUUAUACCAUGGACACAGAGAUCCCCUAG